AUGCCCCCCAAACGCGUGGCAAUCGUAACCAGCAGCACCCGCCGCCCGCGCCUCAACCCUACAGUCACGCAGUACGUCUAUGACGUCCUAACCAACGACCCGACAAUCCCAACAAACCACAGCACAACAGAGACAGACACAGACCCGCGACACAUCACCUUCGAAAUCCUCGACCUAGCAAAACAAUCCCUUCCGCUCUACGACGAAUCCGUGAUUCCCGCCAGCCUCCCAGCAAGCGACCCGACUCCGCACUACAGCAAAGCGCACACGCGGGCCUGGUCAGCGGUCGUGCGGCAAUACGACGCAUUCAUCUUCGUCACGCCGCAGUAUAACUGGAGUAUACCGGCAAGUCUGAAGAAUGCGCUUGAUUACCUCUUCUUUGAGUGGAAGGGGAAGCCUGCGGGUAUUGUUUCAUAUGGGUCGCGGGGUGGCGGGAAGGCGGCGGAUCAUUUGCGGGGUGUUUUGACGGGGUUGAGGAUGAGGGUUGUUGGGACGGCGCCGGGGUUGGCGGUUAAGUUUACGGGAUUGCCGGUUGGGAGUUUGUCGGAGGAGGAGGAGAAGGUUGAGUUGGAUCAGAGGGAUGUUGAUGGGUGGACAGAGGCUGGGGUGGAAGGGAUGAUGCGGAAUUUGGGGAUGGAGUUGGUUUGUGAGUUGGAUAAAGAGUGA